CCAAGACCUGUGACAGUGACAGUGAUCGUCCCGAGUCUUUAUUUCACUUCGGGUGAGAUCCCGGCGCAGUUUUUGGGGGGGCAGCGCCUAGACUGUACACUGACCACCACAGCCAUGGGCAAAGUGAAAACUUUAGCUCUCCUCUACGACCGGCCCGCCUACUCUACCAGGGAAUGGAUCACCGGACGGAUUGUGGUGGAGCUGACGGAUCAGACCGAGGUGAAAGCGUUGAAAAUCCACGCGAAAGGCCAGGAGUUCGUGCGCUGGGUGGAAGGGCACGGGGGUGCCAACUCCAGUCAGAGUCGGGUGUACACACAGCAGCUGCGACACUUCCAGCACAAAUGCCUGUUGAUUGGCACGGAUUCUUCUGAUGAAGUUACUGUACUGCAGGAGGGCAUUCAUGAGUAUCCAUUCAGUCUUGUGCUUCCACCAACGCCACCGCUACCUUCUUCCUUUAAGGGUACCUAUGGUCACGUGAGCUAUUGGAUGACGGCCAAACUGCACAGGCCACUGAAGCUGAGAAUUAAAACCAAAGAACCGUUUACAGUAUAUAACCAGGUUGACAUUAACACUCCCAGACUAUUGGAACCACACACAGCAGCGAAUGAGAAAACUAUUUGUUGCUGGUGUUGUGCUUCUGGCCCGAUAUCACUAAAAGCCGAAGUUGAACGGAUGGGCUAUGUGGCAGGUGAAUCGAUUAAAAUAUUUGUUGAGAUUGAGAACCACUCUUCCCGCAAAGUGGUGCCAAAGGCAGCCAUUGUGAAAACAAUCAUAUUCCAUGCAAAAACCAAGAAAAAGACCCUGUCGGAGGUUAUAAUCAAAACCAAGGGAGAGCCAGUCCUAGCCGGACAAAAAGACAGUCGGAAUUCAAUGAUGUUGGAAAUCCCAGAAUUGAUUCCGACACUCAUGAACUGCAGCAUCAUUCAGAUGGACUAUUCAAUUCAGGUAACUGUAGAUAUCCCACGGUCAAUGGGUUUAACGGUUGAUUUACCAAUAGUUAUUGGUACAAUUCCAUUGCAUUCUUACGGUGGCCCAGCCAGUGACUUCAAUAACCAAUAUGGGAUGAACUACAGCAAUGUAAAUCAUGGCUUCCCUGAAGGAUCAGCAGUGGAAGCUGGUUUUCAAGCAGCCAACAAGAGUCUUGGCUACUACACAUAAAGGGAAUAGAAAUUCUUCAGAGAUACAACAGAUUGAAGAUUACAUGAAGUCUUCAGUGUUGGGUUUAUGAUGUCUAGAUUGGUUCUUGAGUCAUCUGGCCAAAUCCAACCUCCUCAAAAUAUCUUCAAUUUACAGACAUACAAAAUAGAAUAGGACACAAUAAUCUUAAACCAAAAAACAUUGUUAUUGUUCUUUUGUUUUAUUAUAUUUCAGAAUAAGAUCAUUAUUAAUCACUUUAAAUUGCCAAUAACAUAUUUACAUGAACAGCACCAUAGCCAAUGCAUGUGGGCCGUAUUGUUUUGUUAGAUACUGGUAUUGUUCUCCCUAACUUCAGAGAAUUGUAUUCUUAAUCUUUUUUUUCAAUUUUCAUAAGUUGAUGCCUUUUGAAGAUAUAUAUUUUAUCUGUAUAUGUAUGUAUAUGUUCUGUUAACACAAUAUCAUCAGUUGAUGUCUCACAUCUAUACAUAUUUUGUCAUUAUAAUAUGCAUGUGACCAAGUUGGUAAAGAUUUUUCCAUAAGUUGUACAGCAUAGAAACAGACCAUUUAUUCAUCUCGCCUAAUUGAACCUCCUCCCAUUUCGACUCAUCUAAAUCUAUCGGCAGAACCCUCCAUUCCCUUCUCCUUAAUGUACUUGCCCGUCUUUUUAAAUGUAUAUAUUUUUGUCCUAGCCUCUCCUAGUCAACAAGUUCCAUAUUCCCACCAUUCUUUAGGUAUUUGAGUUCCCUUUUGGAUUUCUUAUUCAUUAUCUUACACUGAAAGUCUCUA